GGAGCUGGGCCGGACCGCGGACCAGCGCUGGGCCGGCGGCAGGCUGGAAGGAGCCGGAGGCGGCCCGGCCGCAAGGAGGCGGGCGGGAGGCCGAGGGUGCAGUUAGGGUGGGGACUCCCCCCAUCUCUGCAGCCCUCCUCCCGGGUCCUGGUACCAGGCCUCACCUGCCCUCAGGGAGAGAGCCGCCUGUCACCCAGGGCCGUGCUCGGGCCGGUGCAGGGGUAGGUGGAGACGCAGGGUUCUGGGGUGUGCGCGCGGAGGCCUGGACCGCGCGGCCAGGUGAUGGUGGGCCCCUGUGCCUCUCCAGAGGAAAGAAGACCCCCAGAACAGCCGUGUCCCCGGGCUGUCCCUGUGAGCGUUUUGACAUCGGCCCUAGGGAAGCUGGGCAGCCCUGAGUCUGCCCGUCUGGGUUAAGUGCCCUUAGGAUGCAGUGGCCAAGGAAUUAGGCUCUCCCUCCGGGAAGGGCACAGCUUGUGCUCUCGAACUCGGUGCAGAGCAAAGGGACGGAAUGAUGCUGUCCGAGCAAGCCCAAAAGUGGUUUCCAACCCACGUGCAGGUGACAGUGCUCCAAGCCAGAGAACUGAAGCCAAAAGGCAAAAGUGGCACUAAUGACACAUACACUAUAAUUCAGCUGGGUAAAGAAAAGUACUCCACCUCUGUAGCUGAGAAAACCCUUGAGCCAGUCUGGAAGGAAGAGGCCUCCUUUGAGCUACCUGGAUUGCUCAUGCAGGGGAAUCCAGAGAAAUAUGUUCUUUUCCUCAUAGUUAUGCACAGGUCUCUAGUGGGUCUAGAUAAAUUUUUAGGGCAGGUGGCAAUCAAUCUCAAUGACAUCUUUGAGGACAAACAAAGGAGGAAAACAGAGUGGUUUAGAUUAGAAUCCAAACAAGGAAAAAGAGCCAAAAAUAGGGGUGAGAUAAAGGUCAAUAUUCAAUUUAUGAGGAACAAUAUGACAGCGAGUAUGUUUGACUUAUCAAUGAAAGACAAAACGAGAUCUCCUUUUGCAAAAUUGAAAGAUAAGAUGAAAGGUAGAAAGAAUGAUGGAACAUUUUCUGAUACGUCUUCUGCAAUCAUUCCAAGUACUCACAUGCCUGAUGCCAGUACUGAAUUUUCAAGUGGUGAAGUACAGAUGAAAUCCAAACCAAAAAAGCCUUUUCUUUUGGGUCCUCAGCGACUCUCUUCAGCGCAUUCAAUGUCUGAUUUAACUGGAUUGCACAUGUAUUCUGAGAAACUGAAGCCUGGUACCAUGGGUCAAGCACAUCUUCUCGGACGCCAAAUAGAGUCCUUUGGAACAGUUCCAGAGAGUGGAAGUCUCAAAUCUCCACACAGAAGAACAUUAAGCUUUGAUACUUCUAAAAUGAACCAACCUGACAGCAUUGUGGAUGAAGGUGAAUCAUGUUUUGGAAGACAAAAUGACCCAUUUACAAAUGUGACUGCUUCAUUACCCCAAAAAUUUGCAACACUGCCAAGGAAGAAAAAUCCAUUUGAAGAAAGCAGUGAAUCAUGGGACAGCAGUGUGAAUUUAUUUUCAAAACCAAUUGAAGUAAGAAAAGAAAAUAAAAGAGAGAAAAGGGAGAAAGUUAGCUUGUUUGAAAGAGUAACUGGAAAAAAAGAUAGCAGAAGAUCUGAUAAACUUAACAAUGGGGGAUCUGAUAGCCCUUGUGACUUGAAAUCACCUAAUGCAUUUAGUGAAAAUCGUCAGGACUAUUUUGAUUAUGAGUCAACUAAUCCGUUUACAACAAAAUUCAGGGCUUCAAAUAUAAUGCCAUCUUCAAGUUUCCAUAUGAAUCUGACAAGCAAUGAGGAUCUCAGGAAAAUCCCGGACAGCAACCCUUUUGAUGCCACUGCGGGAUAUCGUAGUCUGACUUAUGAAGAGGUACUGCGGGAGCUGGUGAAACACAAAGAACUCCUUAGGAGGAAGGACACCCAUAUCCGGGAACUCGAGGACUACAUUGACAACCUCCUCGUCAGGGUAAUGGAAGAAACGCCCAGUAUUCUCAGAGUGCCAUACGAACCAUCCAGGAGAGCUGGCAAAUUCUCCAAUAGUUAACAAAACGGAGGGUACUGCAUUUAUAAUUAGAAAAAGAAAGAGAGAAAAAGGAAAAACUUGUUACUGAAAAAACACUAUCAGGUUUCAUUAUAUAUUCUCUUCCAUUGUGAAAAAUGGUUUUACCUGUAAAUACCACCAGGGACUAUCAAGAGUGAUCUUUGAAGCGAGCAAAGUAAUUUAAACUUUUAAAGUGAAAUUGGGCAGAUUCUUGAUGAAUAAGCAGUUUUAGGAUUCACUUAGAUGCUGGUGCCAGCCCAGUCAUCUGCCAGAGGCCUCGAAAUAGCUUCAGAAGUACAGGAAUUAUUCCUCAGGAGUAGAUUUUUCAUAAAGCAGAUUAGUGCUGUGGUUGGUUUCUCAGAAGUCAAUUUAUAGACAUGUUUAGCUUCAGGAAUACUGCUCAUUAUAAACACUACUAAAAAUAAGUUCAUAUUUUAUAUACAUCUAUAUGUACAUGAACAUAUGUUCACAUAUUUUUGUAUAUAAACUACAUUCAUAUACCUCAUACAUAUGUGUGUUUUAAAAGCAUUUAAAAGUAACUGGUUGCCUCUAAGGCUAGGGCACCAGUUUCUUAAUUUGAAGAUGGACUUGUUCUCUAUCGAUGCAAGACAAGUCAUCACUACCUACUGUUAUGGUUUGUAAUAGAGGAGCUGCUUCAAAUCACUCUUGACUAGAUGAACCUUGGAUUUGUACUGAGAUGCUGCAUAUUUUUCCAGCAUCAACUUUUUGCUCUUUUUUUCAAAAAUAAUGAUCCAAAGUCAUCGUCUUUUUUUUAAUGACAAAUUUUAUUAAACCUCAGUAACUUUACAACAGUAUAAAUUUCUUUGAGUUAAUUUCUUAACAUUUGAGUUUUGUUUAAAGUAUAAGUAGAAGAUAAGCUAAUGCAGUUUGUUUCAUUGAAAUUCUACAUGCCUUUAAAUCACUGGCAAAGAACAUGCUACAGAGUUAUAUCUGAAAAUGAUUUGGGGGCAGGGAAAGGACGUGAUUGUCUGGUGCUUGAUAACUCAAAGUAAUGGGCAAAUUCUAGGAAUGAAGAAUUAGGCUUGGUUUCAAGUUACAUAAAUAAUAGGACAGAUGGUUGCCUUUGGGUCUUGAACCAAAAUAAGACUUAGUCAAGAAGGAGUGAGUUUUUUGAGCAGAUCUGUACUAGCAUGACAUUACACAUUACUCUACAUCCACCCUGUAAGAUUGAUUUAUCACAAAAUGAUGUUUUUUAGGAAAAAAAUAUUCCCCAA